ACUUACCUGGGAGUUAUCUUCUUGCUAUAGCUUUUGACUUUGAGCUUGCAGCCUCUCUGGAGCCGUCUGCUGAGCCUUUGGAGCUCAUGGUGUGUUUGUAUUGCUGUAGUGCUUAGAAGCUUUUCUUGCAGGUUGCCCCAUCUCUAAGCUUUCAGUAUUCUAUUCCCCUGCCAGUAUCUUGUUGUGUAACUGUCCCCCUGCCAACGUUGUUGGCUUGCAUUGAUAAAUUUCUCCAUGCUGGAUAACUGAGAGUAACCUUGUGACUGAAACAUCCUGAUGUAAAAGGCAGCUCAGCCUUGCAUUCUCCUUCACAUGAUUUUGCUGCUGCUGGGGUUUGUUGGCAUGGGAGUCAUGGCACUGGCAUGUGCUCUCUUUGCUUGAGAAGAGCAGAAUAAGCUCAUGCUUCACUCAAACAAGGCUUCUUCAUUUAAUGUGUAUGGGCAACGGGCACUCAGGCUGAAAGUAGAUUUUGUACUUCAACUUCCAGGUCAGUGGGCUUUUUGUCUUGUUCAUGUCAGCAGACAGUAGGCCUUUGUUCAGCAUCACAACACACACGGGAUGCAGAUCCUGAAUUGUGCAAGAAACUCCAUGAUCAAGAAGUCCCUUGUUUACAAUGUAAUGAAAGUCUGACGCUGCCAUUACAACACCCAGGAAUGCCUUCAUCUAGACAAGCAGUUUCAAUGACAUGAAUGGAGCUGAAGUGAUGCACAAGGCUGGGCAGAACCCUCUCUCAACUCAGAAUUUCUCCUCAGGACUAAAUGGCCAGCAGAUGGACUGUUUGAAGCACUUGGUUUGAUCACCUGAGAGGAGGGACUUUGCUGAGGAUACCCUACAGGGAAUCUGUUGGGUAUCGCUGCCAUCUCAGACUCUUCCCUGAUAUGGAACAAAGUGAAGGUGAACAGGAAUCGCAGCCAGAGAGUCACGUGGAUAGCAAGAGCAGCGUGAAAUCCUUGCCUGGGGGAGAGGCCCAUGUCAAGCUAGAGAUAAAGAAACAUGCAGUUACGGAUGACUACAAACUCUCCAAACGGGUGCUAGGGUUAGGAAUCAAUGGCAAGGUACUGGAGUGUUUCAACAAGGAGACAGGCCAGAAAUGUGCUUUGAAGCUCCUGUAUGACAACCCAAAAGCCCGUCAGGAAGUAGAGUAUCAUUGGCGAGCAUCAGGGUGUCCCCACAUUGUCCAUGUUCUGGAUGUUUAUGAGAACAUACAUCAUGGAAAGAGAUGCCUCCUCAUUGUCAUGGAAUGCAUGGAAGGAGGAGAGCUGUUUAGCAGGAUCCAGGAGAGAGGGGAUCAAGCUUUCACUGAGAGAGAGGCCUCUGAAAUAAUGAGAGACAUCGGGACAGCCAUCCAGUAUCUGCAUUCAAUGAACAUUGCCCAUAGAGAUGUCAAGCCUGAAAACUUGCUUUACACGUCUAAAGAGAAGGAUGCUGUACUCAAACUCACAGACUUCGGCUUUGCCAAAGAAACAUCUGUAAAUGCACUGCAGACCCCCUGUUACACUCCUUAUUAUGUGGCCCCAGAAGUCCUUGGUCCUGAGAAGUAUGACAAGUCAUGUGACAUGUGGUCCUUGGGUGUCAUCACAUAUAUUCUCCUGUGUGGGUUCCCUCCAUUCUACUCAAACACUGGUCAAGCCAUUUCUCCAGGGAUGAAGAGAAGAAUUCGGAUGGGGCAAUAUGGAUUUCCCAAUCCAGAGUGGGCUGAGGUAUCAGAGGAAGCCAAACAACUGAUUCGCCAUUUACUGAAGACUGACCCGACGGAGAGGAUGACAGUUUCUCAAUUUAUGAAUCACCCUUGGAUUAAUAGAUCAAUGGCAGUGCCACCAACCCCUCUUCAUACUGCACGGGUUCUGCAAGAGGAUAAAGACCACUGGGAUGAAGUUAAAGAGGAGAUGACCAGUGCUUUGGCUACCAUGAGAGUGGACUAUGAUCAGGUGAAAAUCAAAGACUUGAAAACAUCCAACAACCGCCUCCUGAACAAACGCCGUAAGAAACAGAAGCAGGCAGGCACCUCUUCUGCAGCCCCGGGGUGCAAUAACCAGUGAGAAGCCAAGGACCUGUGGGUGGAGGGUAGAACUUAAAAGGAACAACUGAAAAUCAGUCUGAUCAACUCGGUCCGUACCACAAAUCUGGGCAAUGAGAUCAUGAAGAAGCUAUCUUGCCAAGAGGGAGCAGUGGGAAUGAUUACAUUUUUCUAACUUGAAUCGGGGCUUUGCUUUUCAAGUCUAACAUAUAUGACAUGAUUCUGCUGCAUAUUGCUGGGGAAGGGACAGUAAUACCAGAAAUGUUACGGGUUUUUGUUCUGGCUUUGAUACUGUUGGAUGAGAGGAAAGAUCAGGUGGAAGUCUCAGAAUACAAAUGCACUGAGGCCUUAACAGCCGUCUACAAGAGUAACUUCUGCUACUGUUUUAAACUUGGGAAUAGAAAAAUGCUGAGUGUUCUGCUAGGAGAGUUUAGUAGUUCAAACAUGAGUAGUGAGAAAGGAGAAUGUCACUGCUCUUUAUACAAGUAGCAUGGGUGCAGCUCUAUUAUGGAUGCAUCUGGACAGCAUUUCAUGUUAGAGUUGGUAAUAGUCAGUUAUUUCCAAACUUACCUCCUAUAGUUACAGAAUAUCACCUCUAAACAGUAAUCAGUUAUUCCUGUUACAGGAAAAAAAGCAUCCAUACAUUUCCAUUUUUAUAAAAGUCUUCCUCUGCGCUCAUGUGAAGAUUUCAGUUUGUCUUGGAUUCUCAUUUGAUAACAUGUAAGUUUUCUAAAUUGUAACCAUUGUGUCAUGUCUGUGCCAGUCACAUCCCUCUCUUGUAAUGUUUUUAAUUUAAAUAGUACUUUAUGUGAAGAGUUUAAUAAGGAUUGAAUUAGUUGAAAGUAUCCUGCAGAGAAUAUUGCUGUUCCUCUUGGAUCCAUAACCUCUAGGGUGUGCAACUGGACAUGCAAUUGUAUGCAAGAGACUGCUCUAGAAGAGAGACUUCUGAAAUUCAGGAAGAAGUGGUAAAUGCAUGUCCUGUGAAUGGACCCUGGUGUCUGCCAGCAUCCCUUCUGGUAAUUACCUCCAGGUCCUGUGCCUGACAUCUGAUGAUCGUAACAAGUUUUGGGGUGCUGGGGUUGGUUUUAUUCCUGGGGUCAGGGAGGGGAGGAUGCUACUUUAUUUGCAGUGCUUUGUCAGUGUUUCUGCAUCCAAAGAUUUUUGCCACCUAAGAGAGAUCACCUUUGGGUAUAACCACCUAUUUUUGCCCCCCAUCUUUUGUCUUUAUUUUAUGGGAUUGUAGCUUUGGUUUGCUGAUUUGUUUUACUUUGUGGUCAGAAUAGUUCCUCUCAUUGUAUUUUGGUUGUUUGGGUUUUUUUGGUUUCAGUUGUGGGGUUUUUUUUGAAGUUGAGGUGAAACAAAUAUUUGUGAAAGUAUUAUCAGAGUCUGGGGUGAGAAUCCUGUGCUUCCAGUGGUGCAGGCAAAAAUGACAGUGUGGUAGGCACACAGGGUACUGUAGUGGUAAUGGGCUCAGAAGAAUGUUGAAGGUUAAAAAGGAAAACAAGGCACCAGAGAGGAUCCUAAUUCCCACGUCUGACUGCCAGAUUUGGUCACUCCCAACAAAGAUCAGCUCAAGGCUUUGGACCUUUUCUGGGGAGCCCCCUUCCCACCUGCAGAAUGUUGGAUGAGACUUCCAUUCUUCUCUGUGAACUGGCCCUAGGGUUUUAUAAACUGAUUUUAAUAAAUCAUGUUAUAACAUUC